CACAACUACUAUCUCACAAAACUCAAAAUAAAAAAAACACAAACCACAAGACAAUCAUUUUCUAAUUGUUUCGUUUUAAUCAUCAUCAUCAGAAGAAAAAUGGUUGCGAGAUCGGAGAUUAAGUCGACGGUUGAUGUUACUGCGGCGAAUUGUUUGAUGCUUUUAUCAAGAGUUGGACAAGAAAACGUUGACGGUGGAGAUCAAAAACGCGUUUUCACAUGUAAAACGUGUUUGAAGGAGUUUCAUUCGUUUCAAGCCUUAGGAGGUCACCGUGCGAGUCACAAGAAGCCUAACAACGACACCAUGUCGUCUGGAUUGGUGAAGAAGGUGAAAACUAGUUCGCAUCCUUGUCCCAUAUGUGGAGUGGAGUUUCCGAUGGGACAAGCUUUGGGUGGACACAUGAGGAGACACAGGAACGAGAGUGGAGCUGCUGGCGGCGGCGCGUUGGUUACACGCGCUUUAUUGCCGGAGCCGACGGUGACGACCUUGAAGAAAUCUAGCAGUGGGAAGAGAGUGGCUUGUUUGGAUCUGAGUCUAGGGAUGGUGGACAAUUUGAAUCUCAAUGUCGCCUUUACUCAUGUUGCUCUUAAGCUAUGCCAAUCUUCGAGCAGCGAAGAUGCCAAGCUCAUUGGUAGAACGCACUUGCUCAAGGACGAAAAAAUGUCAUAUGAAAGCAAAGGUUUUUGGGUUAUGAAGAACAAUGAGCAUACAAGUGAGGAUGAUUCAGUGUAUGAUCAUUCAACAAGAGAUGAUUCAAAGCGUCCUCAUCCUUGGUUUGUUGAUUCUUCUCGCUCUGAGAUGUUCCCAAACAAGAAACAAGCUGUGCAAGAUCCAGUUGGAGGAUUAGGAAAAUCAAAUGUAGGUCUUCCUUUGUGGGAAAGCUCAUCGGUUUUUCAGUCAGUCUCAAACCAGUUCAUGGAUCGGCUUCUUGGAGCUGAAAUGCCGCCAAGGCCACUUUUGUUUGGUGAUAGAGAUAGAACGGAAGGUUGUAGCCACCACCACCAGACUAAGAGUAUAGCUGAGAGUUAUAUGGAAGAUACAUCUGUUGAAUUGUCGAUAUCUAAUGGUGUGGAGGUUGCUGGGAGUUCUUUUGGUGGUGAUGGAAUUAGAAAACUUCCGGUUAGUCGGGUUAAGGAAACUAUGAGUACACAUGUUGCUUUAGACGGUCAUAAUCAAAGGAAAAUCGAGUCAUCUUCUAUACAAGCUUGUAGUCGGGAAAACGAAAGUAGCUUUAUAAAUUUUGAGCUGGCAGGUCAUCCUUAUGGCAAUGAGGACUCUCAUGGGAUCACAUUUGGUGAAAUAAACGAUGAACAUGGUGUUGGCUCUACUUCCAAUGUGGUUGGAAACUAUCAAUCAUAUGUUCAAGACCCAAUUGGAACAUUGGAUAUUGUUUAUGGCCAAGAAACUGGGAGUUCACAGACCAGCAGCGGAGUUGUAAGCGAACAACAAGUUGCUAAACCGAGUUUGGAACCUGUUCCAAAGAACAAAGCAGAGGCCAAGUCAUCAAAGAAGGAAGCUUCCACAAGCUUUCCUUCAAACGUCAGAAGCUUAAUAUCAACUGGUAUGCUCGACGGCGUCCCUGUGACGUAUGUUUCUAUCUCACGUGAGGAGCUUAGAGGAGUCAUCAAAGGAUCAGGUUAUCUCUGCGGAUGUCAAACUUGCGAUUUCACGAAGGUGCUUAACGCGUAUGCAUUCGAGAGACACGCUGGAUGUAAAACAAAGCAUCCAAACAAUCAUAUUUACUUUGAAAACGGGAAGACGAUUUAUCAGAUAGUUCAGGAACUGAGGAACACUCCAGAGAGUAUACUGUUUGAUGUGAUUCAGACUGUAUUUGGUUCUCCUAUCAACCAGAAAGCAUUUCGCAUCUGGAAAGAAUCAUUCCAAGCUGCGACUAGGGAACUUCAGCGAAUCUAUGGCAAAGAAGAGCGUUCCUUUUGAAUGUAUAAAUGUUUUGUGGAAAAUUGUAAGGUUAUUAGCAUUUUUGCUGGAUCUUAAUUUUAUCAACUGUUUUCUUUUUUGCAUAAUUGUGUAUAAAGGGAAAAGCUUUAAGAAAUGAUGAUGUAACAGAGGAUGCAAAAUAUAAGAAGAGACUUGAAGAGUUAUGUGUAAAAGGUUAAUAAUUCAGCUUCUGUGAU